GCAACAGUGACUAGGCGUGUGUUGUGGGUGGAUACAGUUUUGGGUGAGGUUUAGGUGUCUCACAUUCCCUAACAAGAACGAUUGAAAGAGUGGAUCCUGUGUUUCACAUCUGACACUACCCGAGCGAGCAACACACCUGUGAGCCGGACAGCCUUUACCAGCAACAAUAUGGGUGAUUCAGCAGAGGCUUUGGCUGCUCACCUUAAAAGCAGUAGAAAUAUCAUCAUUGAGAUCACCAACCUCACCAGUAACUACUGCCUCAUUAACCCCAAGGUUUACCUGGAUUGUGGCAACUGCCACAGCCCACCCCAACCCACCGUGCGCCCUCUGAAAACCGAGGUGUGCAGCUUCACGAAGAGCAGCGGCAAAGCAACCGGUGUUGUGGGCGUCCUGACCUAUGACCUUUUUGAGAGACAUAGAAACACCCCUCAUGACAAAAUAGCUCUAAUGUUCUCUGUGCCCUACGAUAAUAACUCGUACCAGAAUUGGUUGGCCAUGGCGAUCUACGGCCACGACAAAGAGUGCGACGAGAAACUGUACAAAGAGAUGUAUUACGAUAAAGAGCCACAGGGAUUUGUGAGGGCAGAGGCCAAAGGUUGUGUCCUCUCGUAUGAGGGCAGGCAAAUGGACCUCAAGGCUACCAUGUCCCCGAUGGGCAGGUCCACAGUGAAGUUGGAGGUUUGGGACAAGCUCUUCAUUCCAACGCAGCAACCGCUUUAAUUAACAACCCAGUUUGACAGGCAGUGUAUAGUGUUAGAUGUGUUUAGCCCUUUGCACACCUGUGCUACUGUACCAUCUGUUCAUGCAAUAA